CAGCGUUCGAUCACGAUUGCACGCGCGGGCGUCAAGAACAAGCACCCUGUUUAGCAGCAGCCCAUUGUCUGCGAGCUGGCUAAUCUGAUUGAAAACGCCUUCUAUUCGUAGAAAGGCGGUCUCUUAUGUGUCACUUCGUUGCUACAGGUCGUUGCUAGGGAGCUGUGGGCAUUCGAUUCUCAUCGAUACGCGCGUCAACUGAUCGUAGCAUAAACAGUCUGCGUUUCCACGCCGACUGUGCUAUUGGUAGUGCUGGAGUCGUGUAGUAAUACUAACUGGGGAACAUAACAGAGAGAUAGUCAGAAAGGAAGAGAACACGUGGCGUGACGGUUGAAGAACGCUUUCAAAUUUGACGAAACAACUAGACGUAGGAUGGCCGAUCACCAGGACUACACUACCAUAAAAGCAACCGUGCGAGAGCCUGCAUUACAAGGUAGCAAGACUGCAGACAAUGUAGCUACAGACAAGCCGGACUUGACAACGCGUUGGGCCAAGUCGUUUGACGCCGCUUCUCUGCGGCAAGAAAUGGCACAGAAACAGGCGGCAGACGACGAAGACGACGACGAGUCGAUGGAUCGGUUAUCUAUAAGCUGUUUCGGUAAGAUAACGACACAGAAACUGGGAGAGUGUACACAAGACGUGUACGACGAGUUGACCAGUCUGACGUGGCUCCACAACUCUGACCUGCUGAGGGAUUUCAAAUCAAAUGUACCUCUCGACCCGUUCGACAGUCUGCCCAAUGGAGUGGCUUUGAACUCUGGUCGUGUAGGACGCGAACACGACCCCUACUCGGUUGCCAUAACAGCGCAAUACUCAGGCCACGCUAUCACCAGUUCAUUGUCUUCAUGUAACAGCUCGAUUGGUCGACGGUCUGCUUCCGGGAAACCGCCGUAUUCGUUUGCUUGUCUUAUUUUUAUGGCCAUAGAGGAGUCGCCGACGAAGAACCUUCCUGUGAAGGAUAUCUACAAGUGGAUUGAGGACAAUUUUGAGUAUUUCCGGUCUGCACCGACUGGCUGGAAGAAUUCUGUCCGCCACAAUUUGUCUCUGAACAAAAGUUUCAAACGAAUCGACAAGCAGAAGGGCAUGGCUCCUGGUAAGGGCUCUCUGUGGAUGGUUGAUCCUAUCAAUCGUUUCAGUCUUUUGCAAGCUCUCAAGAAGACUCAUCAUCAAUCGUUUGAACAUUACAUUACUGACAAGACUGCUGGCAAUACAAGAGCAGUGUCCAGCAGAGGGUCUGACAGUUCUCUGUCUGAUGUGGACUCAGAGCCUCAUUCCAAAAGACUAUGUGUGGAUAUUGCUCCUGAUGAAGCUCAAGCAGUUGAAAUAAUGUGCUCAUUUUAUAAUCCUCGUGCCAUUCAUGAAGGUCCAGUGAGCAUUUCCGGUGCAAAAUCUUCUAGUGACUGCUCUACUCCUCCUCUUGUAGUACCUGUAGCAACAUUCGCACCUACACCGGCAACUCCUGCCACUGAACAACGUAUUCAGGGUAGUGGCCAGCUUAUGCAUCACGAAAUGACUGCCUUCCAGCCGUCGUCACAUGGCUCUCGUCGAAGGAACUUGUUUAGUACUCUUGCAACUGUAGCAACUUUAACAAAAGACAUUGAGGAGAAUCUGAGUAGGAACAACAGUGAACGAUCAAGUCCAGUUCAAACACGACGUGCUAGAGCAGCAAAGGCUGCGAUAGAGGAGAUAGACACAGCUCGACUCUUACAUGCAGCAGUUGCCAAGAGAUUGGCAGAAGAGACUGGCAAGAAGUCAUCUGUAGACGGAGACUUUGAUUUUGAGAAUAAUUCUGGAGGAAUACACAGACAGCAAAAGGAAGAUGAUGAAGAAGAUGAUGAGUUGUCUAAGUCUCACAGCAAUGGACUUGGUGAUAGUGGUUAUGGUGGACAGGAAACAAAAGUCAGUGAUAAUCACUCACAGCUACAAGUAGAAGAACAAGGAAUGGCAGACAUUAUAUUGGAGGCUGACAAACUGUUGGCCAUGAGAGACAGAAAGACACAGCUCUCGCAAAGUGAAAAAACUAUAGGGAAGAAUGAUGUGAAUCAGUCCGGUUUCAGUAGUGAAUUGAUUUCAGGAUUUGCAAUACAUGCCUCAUGAUGAUUGGUGUUCUUGAUGUUGUCACUACUGUCUGCAGAGAGAUGGAACUCUGUUGCAAGAAAUUUGUGAAUUAUAGAUGAAAUAGAUAGUAAGGUUCCCUCCGUUUUGUAGGAGGAUGCUGAACGCCUUCAUGCCUCUAGUUUGUACAAUAUUUUGUGCCUUGUACAUGAAAUUUAUAAGAUGGCAAGAAGACAGACAUACACAUGUAUGUUGCCAUGA